AACUCAUAGCAUCAGUCAAUAAGUUGAAUCAGUACAUCAUGCACUUGAUUUUAGGUACUCUUCUACCGUUUGCGGUGCUAGUCCACGCUGCACCCGGUCCGUGUGAAUUGCCAAGCUUAUCGGAAGUUGGCAGCCAGUAUUUGGUAUUUGGGCAGGAUUGCAGACAGUACGCGUAUGGCUACAAUGCUGGAUCAUCGGCUAAGGUGGAAUUGAAGAACGCAGAUGGCACGGUAUACGGUGCCUAUCAUUAUAUCGAUGCCAACAACAUAACCCAGAAAGUAAACUACACGGUAAAUGACGUGGAUGGGUUUGUGGUGGAAGCAUCUAACCUGCCUGUGCCAUUAAAAGAUGUUGUUGUCGAUGCUUUAACAACAACAGAAGUGCCAACCACACUGCCGUCUGUUGUUCCGGAGCAAGAAACAACUCCGUUCAAACUAGUGCGCGAGUCUAGUGUCAGCCAAUCCAAGGAUCGUGAUAUAUAUUUGAAACCAAUCCUUUCCGUAUGGUUUCCCGCCAGUUCGUACAACCCAGACCAUGUCGUAGUGCAGCACGCUGAACUUUCAGCAUCGAAGCAAGAACAUGAUAAAAGAGUUUGAAGAAUUGUCCUGGAUAUAGUACACCACGGAGUUACAAACAAAACAAUUAUAUAAUUCAAUAAAUUGUAUGGUCAAUGUUCUGAA